AUGGGUAGAUUUGGGCAAAUUUUCAAGGAUUUCUCGAAUUGGUCGACGGUAGCCGGCGUCCCACACAUCGCCAAUGCCAAUACCAAGGUAAUACUCAGAAUUUCGGUAAAAAUUUUGUCGCACUUGGAAUGGCUCCAAGCGUGGCGGUCGGAAAUGUCCAUGGACCGUUAUACCACUAGAUUGAUCCGAUUAGUGAACAUUUUUGCGGAAAAAGAGUCUUAGACAUUUCGGCAACUUUUUUUGUCAAGUUCCCGAUGAGUGGAGCUUGGCGCGUACGUCGUUUAUGGUCGGAUGCAUUUUCUCGCAGCCGUCACGCAUCGAGUUAAGUCAAAGAAAUUUGUGAUCGUACCUGAAAUUAACAAUCACAAACACUACCUUAGCGCAUCUCUUUUGGACAUGCGCUUUACGGUAGCUUAAAUGUGUCCCCAUGCCUCAGGACGCAAGCCACUUUUGGUCGGGUGAACUUUUCCGCAGCUGAGCCAUCCUAACUACAGCCAAAACCUUCCAAGAAGAAAAUUGAGUAUGAAAAUUCAAAAUGUGUUACAGAUCUCCCGGAUUUUCUGGAUCAUCGUGUUCCUCGUCAUGUUGGCCAUGUUCUGCUACGAGCUCUACAUCAUGAUCGCCAAGUACUUGUCAUUUCCAGCCGCCGUCACCACUGAUAUCCUGUUUGAGGAGCAAGUUUGAUUGCUUCAAAACAAGGAAAAUCUUCAAAUUUCUGUUUCUCAGGACUUUCCAGUGGUGACGAUCUGCAACUCGAACCCUUACAAGUACUCGGUUGUCCAAUCGAACUCGGCUUUCAACGAUAUCAACGAUCUGAUGACGAUUUACAAGCAAGCAGUGGCAGGAACAGCCAGCAAUGAUAAAUAUGGACUGUCGGUAGGUUGAAAUCAACAAGGAAGGUCAUUUUACUAUGUGGUUGGGAAUUUCCUGAAAGUUUACCAGAUCAAUCUUCGAUGUACUAAAAGUUGAUCCUAGGAGUCUCAACCUUCAUAACUUCCAAGUUUUUGAGUUUAAGGUUCAUAGCCCCAAAAAAGCUCAUUUUAACCGAUUCGAGGUUUUUCUUUGACUUUGAGGCGUCCCUUCUCAAAAAAUAUGAAGUUGUACAGGUUGAGACCCUCGGGGACUUUACCUGGUUCAUCAAGGAGUUUUCUGACCGAUUAUUAGUGAAUUCCCAACCGCAAAGUAAAAGGAUUUUCCUCGUUAAGAUAUUUUUUCCAUUUUCAAACUUGCUCCCUAAAGCAAAAACCUACUGAAAUUAAGCUUUAAAAAAGUUUUUCCUUUACGGAAAGAAAAAUUUUUGAAAAUUAGGAGUAUUCAACAAAUAACCAGGAUUGAAUACAUUUAAAAGAAGAUGAUGAAAAAUGAAAAAAAUUGGACUCAAUUAACGAAACUUUUUUUCGUAAUUCCAGUUUUUAGGAUGAGAAACGAGUUGAGUGACCCAAAUUUUUUCCUUUUUUUAUCAAAACAAAACUUUUUCAGAAACUAGAGCAAAACUGCGAUAUAACCACAUAAAAUUUCUUUCAGAAGAAAAUUUUCAAAUAUUAUCAAGAGGAGCUGAAGUUUAGAGUAGAUUUCUCAUUUCUCAAUUAUUUUUUGAACGUAUUCCAUCCCGGUCAUUAUUAAACACGUUCAACGUUUUUUUCACAAUUCUGAACGUUUUUUGCGCUUCAAAAGCACUGAAAGGCUUGUUUUUAAUUUUCACAAACUUUCCAACCUCAGAACAGGAUGUUUCCUAUUCUACCUCGUAAUCAAAAUCCUAUGACUCAGAGCUCAUACUUACUAUGCCAAUCCUUCCGGAUCGUUUCCCAUCCGCAUUUUUGCCAAAAAAAAGUCUGCCUUUGCAACAAUCCAGGCGUUGUCUUAUCAUUCGCCUACGUAAAAUACAGUAACCCGUGACUAAGAAGUUAAACUCCCGUGAUUCCGCUUCAGUGAACAAAUUGAAAGUAUGCAAAACUAUUAAUCAUCCAGUAAAACUUCCAAAAAAAGGAAAAAAAACAGGUAUAAUGUUUGUAUUUUUUGGGAAUGAUAGGCAAAAAGGUGAGAAUUAUUCAUCUGGACUUUCCCAGGAUUUGUCAAAAUACUAGAUUCAAAAAAAAUUCGAGUUAACCUUUUGGGAGGUAAAGUUUAUUCAAAAGAAGUGCUAACAUAAGACUUGGAAAAAACCGAACAAAAAUAGACAAAAAAAAAUCAGUUCAUUUUUUUUUAACGUGAAAUGGGGUCAAAGCGGUGCGGACCUAAUUUGGCUAUUGCCACGACACGGAAGCCGCUUUUGGUGGUGGAGCUUUGGGAAAACCUUUCCACGUGUAACAAUACACUUCUCCGUUGAGUAGGAUGAAUCGUGUCAAGUACGGUGUCUUAUAAACUUUUUAAACAAAGGUUCCCGUCAAAAGCAGUUUCCAAAGUCCUUCUUCAUUAUAAAUCAUGAAAUCGGAUCCUUUCCCUUCAGAAAACCAUGAGCGAGCCCUACGACCGUGAUUCCUUGGCCGACGACGCCUUAGUUCUACUCUCAGCUCAGAUGACCGACUCGGCCAAGGCUCCAGCGCUUUACACCUACCAGGACCUUAUUCAAGACUGUACCUUUUCUGGGAAACAGUGCUCCGCGUCAGUCUCUACCAAUAUAACCCUUCUACUCUUCAGAAAUAUAUUUUUAGUGUUUUCUCAGAGCAAAAGUCCCCAUGAGGCUUUUGGCGAGGAAAAGUUCAAGUCAGGAUUGCAAAAACCGUUAUCUUGGGAAUUCCUCUAAAAAUAAACCUUUUUUAUCGCAUGACUAGCCAUUGGUUAAAGUUCUAAAAGCGCAGAAACUGUAUUACUUUCCGUUCAAACUCCGAACAACUAAAUCGGGUUACUCUGCUACUAAAUUACAAGGGGACUUUUGAAUGAGACGGAUAAGAGCCCUUUUCUCACUGAUUCUGAGAAAAUAUUAAAAAUGGCCUCUAAGAAAGGUGACCUCUCAAAGUUGUACUAUAGGCUCAAAAAUGUUUUCUUCUUUUUCAAAUCUCAUAGCGUGAAGCUUUUAUAGACCUUCCGCUUCAAAAACUUGACUUUAUUUAUUUUUUUCGGUUUCUAUUUCAUGACAUUCUCCAUGCUUUUUUCCUCGCUACUAUCACUAAACUUUCAAAAAGGUAUAGCUUUCCUCACACAAAUCCUAGAUAGAUUGCGAGCACAGAUUCUGAAUCACAGAACUGUAUUUAGAAGUGACUUCACGAUGUACGUGGACCCGGUCUACGGAGCUUGUUUUUCAUUCAACGAGGACAAGUCUUUGAACUAUUCUACCAAUCGAGAAGGUAUCCAGUACGGCUUGAAGCUGAUGCUGACCGUUUCGGUGAGAAGUUUAGGAAAAUGUUAGAAAUCGGAUGAUUUCCAGCAAUCGACCCCUUCUGGAAUCAACGACUACCUUCCUACGACGCACAUGGCCGGAGCCCGUCUCACUGUCAAUUCUCGAGGUGGGCGGCCGAGUCUGGAGGCCAAUGGAAUCGACGCCGGAGUCGGGUUCCAGACCGCCGUCGCCAUUGUUCUGGUUAGAUGUUACUUUUUAAUAUAUCAGGAAAAGUGUGCUCUAACGAAAAAAAUAGCGGAAAUAAUACUCCCUCGGACCUCGGACCUCGGUAACGCUAACAGGACUUUCAGGUCAUUUCUAGUGACUACUUUCAUAGAAACGUUCUAGGUCCGAGCAGAAACUUUGAAAGGCAGGAUAUUUGAUAGAAGUAGUUAUACGUGAAUAUUUGGGCCCAUUGAGUGACCAUUUAAGAGGUGUUAGAGCCUUUCAGCGUUAAUGAACUAUUGCAGUAUAGUAUGUUCGAACAAAUAUGCAUUGAAUCUUUAAAGAGCAUAUAUUUCUAGAUAUAGAGCCAUUUUCAAUGUGAAACCGAUAGUUUUGAAAUUCAGCAGGCUUGA